GUGUCAUGGCGUACAAUGCAGCAAAAAAAGGAGUGGACUUUUCAGAUCAGAUGUCCUCUUAUUACACUCCUAUCAGAAAGACUCUCAUUUGGUACAAAAAAGUUGCACUGGAUCUUCUCCUAGGUACUUGUGUAGUGAAUGCACUAGUACUACAUAACAAGUACUCAUUAAACCAAAAAAAUUGUUGUAUGCUCACUUUCAGAGAAAAAAUACUUCGAAAUCUCCUUGAAGGAGAAAAUGUUGGAGCCCUUGUUCAAACACCCCAAGAUGGCAGGCAAGGUACCAAGAAACUAAAACAUGUGCUCUCAAAGCGUGAAGGGACUGCAAGAGAAACCAGAAAACGGUGUGUCAGCUGCUACAGCAAAAUGAAGGAAGAAAGGGGGGCCAAAGCAGCAAGGACGUACGCAAAACGUGUUUCAACUUACUGCAAAGGGUGCGAUGAGACUCCUACAAUGUGCUUAGAGUGUUUUAACUCCAAGCACUAAACUGAACACCAUUUGUAAUAGGAAAGCUAAUGUUUAAUUAAAAUAUCUUGAGUUUCAAAUUUA